AUGAGAACGGUAAGGCUGGGAAGAAUCGUGACGCCUGCACUGAAAGAAAGAAGGCACACAUACGCUAUAAUUGUUGGCAUCAUCGAUGUGACGUUUGUGCUGCUUCAGAGAAAGGAUGGCGAGCGAGAGAUAUGCUCUGUCGCGAAUCUCCAUCUCGAGGACGAGGCAUUCGACAUCAAGGGCCUCAGUGCGGAGGAAAUAGGAAAGCUCAUCCCAGAAGACACCUAUAUUGAGGAUACGACCAACGACUUCGACAGGUUCAAGCUGAAGCUCAGGAAGAGAGUAGAGGAAGAGCUUCUAAAAGAGAAAGGGCUGGCAUGA